CUUAAAGCUGCAAAGGGACCCAGUUUCAAUCUUUCACAACAGUUUUGACUAGAUACUGUAGUUGUGUUUAUCUCUCAUAGUUCAAUGCUCAGUUGAAUAGCGUUUUGUACAGCAAGAAAUCACUACUUUAUGACUAAGACAUAAACAUGGAUCAGACAAUACCAGAUUGGUUGAACAAGACAUUCUUAUCAACGUGUCUGCAAGGGAAUGGUCCUGAUGCUUCCCCUGUUACCAUCAACUGGUAUGAUGUAACGGCAGGAGUGGCUCCUGGAAACAACUACGGAAGUGUAAUUCUACGAGUCAAAGUUAAAUACAGAGAGGAAAACAGAGAUAAAGAUAAGUCUUUAAUAAUCAAAGGACCUAUCAGCAAUAGUCUAGUGGAUGCAAUCGUCGAGCUUUUCGGAAUGGCAGAAUACAGCUUUUACUACUUGUACCUCCCAAAACUGGCUGAUAUUAUCAAAGAUUGGAUAACACCAAAGGCUUACCACACACCUAUGAGCUCAGUAAUCGUUCUGGAGGACUUGAGUGAGUUAGGGUUCACAAUGGCCGACAGACAAAAACAAUUGGAUUUUGACCACUGCAAACAAUACUUUGCAGCUUCAGCAAAAUUCCAUGCAGCCGGAGUUGUUCUAGCCAACCAGCAUCCUGAACUGAUAGAAAAGUUCCCAGGAGUUUUAGAAAAAAUGAUAAAAAGCAGUGAUUACUCGCAGUUGAAUCUUUUCAUGCACGAUAUACUUGUCGGGUUAAAAUGUUUGAUUAAAAGUAUAGAAGUUCUAGGUCUUGAUGAGUACAAACCGUACUUAGAGACGAUAAGGAAGUUUGUUGAACUAAAUGAGAAUCCUAAGGAUAAUGUGCGAGAAUUGGGUCUCAGGAAAAUGGCAGAAACAAAUAAAAAAAUGUUCAAGUCAUUCAUCCAUGGAGAUUGUUGGACAACGAAUAUGAUGUUCAAGCACAAUCAGUCUGGACCAGGACCAACUGACAUAAGGCUGAUUGACUUCCAAGGGUUUCGCUAUGAUUCUGUUGUUUCUGAUAUACCGUAAUCAAUUUCACUUGGAUGAGUUGCAACAAUGACGUUCUUCAGUAUCAUCUAAAUGAACUUUAUUGUGUGUACUGUGACACUCUGAAUUCGACACUGGAAGAGUAUGGUUGUUCUGAAAGAUAUUCUUCUGAAAGUUUAAAGGAAGAAGUUUGCGAAAACAGUUUUCAAGUGCUGUCAAUGGUGUGCAUGAUGCUUCCUCUCACCCAGCAUGAUGAACUCAUAGACUCUUCUAAGAUGUUUACUGGGAAAAUUACAGAAGAAGACAUCAUCAAGUUUUACAGAGGAACAAACUUUUCAAGAAAAUUUCCACAAGUCUUGAGGUUUGUAGCUGAUCAAGGAAUCUUUGAUCACAUGGAAAAAGAUUUGUCACAGUACAAACAAUUGUAAUGCUCUUUCACACAUCAGAUAAUUAUUUCAAAAUUUGUGCCCUUUAAAAAAUGUCACCUGCAAAUAGAUGGAUGGAUAUACAGUUAUCAAAUUCAAAAUAAAUAAGACAAAUAAUGUUUAAUGUUAAUGUUUUUAAGUUUGUAAAUAAGAAAAAUUUGUGGUGUUAGAAUGCUAUGGUUUGAACAAAUGAUUUGCCACGAUUUUAACAAAUAAAUGGUUUAACAUCAAAAUGUAAUGUGCUGAGUCUCGUAAAAAUAAAACUUGUGAUUGGAAUUUU